AUGGAAUUUGAACGGUUAGUUCGAUUUGAGGCGAAUGGCACCACCCACUACGGCAACCUCGUGUCCGAGAGCGAUGGGGCUUACACAGUGCAGCCACUGCACGGGUCCGUCAAGAGCGGCUUUUCCCCUACCGGUCAAAAUGCCGUGGUGACUUCUAAGCUGCUCUGCCCCAUCGCCGAAACACCAAUUAUCAUAUGCGUUGGGGUAAACUACCGCCAACAUGCGGAGGAAGCAGGUAUCAAAGUACCUACCUAUCCAGUCAUCUUCACCAAGCCUGCCGACGCUCUCCAUGGCCCCAGCGAACCCGUCAAAGUGCAUCCCUCGGCUCAAUCGAUGCUUGACUAUGAAGGCGAGCUGGUCUUUGUUACAUCACGCGACGCCAAAAACCUACCCGAGGACUUCGAUCUCGCAGAUUACAUCCUCGGAUACACGGCGGGCAACGAUGUCUCCGCGCGCAACUUCCAAGUGCCUGAUGCGAGCGGAGGGCAAUAUUGCUACGCCAAAUCUUUCGAUCAAUUUGCACCCAUAGGACCAUGGCUUGUCAGCCCAGCUUUAAUCCCGGACCCCCAGAAACUUGAAUUCGUUGUCAGGGUCAAUGGUGAAGUUCGCCAGAAAACAGGCACCAAUGAUAUGAUCUGGACUGUGAAGCAGAUCCUGCGCCAUCUAACGCGAGGGACGACUCUGCGAGCCGGCACUGUCGUUAUGACUGGAACCCCGAAUGGUGUUGGGUACUUUAGCCAGCGGUUUCUUCAGGAUGGCGACUUGGUUGAGGUGGAUGUUGAGGGGGUAGCCAAGUUAGUGCACACGGUGGUGUAUGAGUGA